GAAGAAACAUUUUUGUUCAAUAUUUAAAUGAUUAUAUGAAUAUGUAUGAUAAUAUUGUGGAAUAAUUCAUUCUAUAUUAUAUAGAAGAAUAAAAAUACACAAAACUAUAUUACUGAAUUGAUAUUACUGAAUGUUAUCAUCAUAUCAAAUUCCUAUUAGCAAUAAUAAUAAUAAUAAUCAGAAGAAGAAUGAUCAUCUCAGCCGAAUAACUUUAUUAAAUAAUUCAAUUGGGAAUUUAUCUUCUCCAAGAAAUAGUUUAUCUUUCAUAACAAAUUCAAUGAAUACUAAUACAGUUUUAAGUAAUACUAAUAGUAAUAUAGGUGUUAAUACAUCAAGAAAUAAUGAUUAUAUAAAUGGUAAUGAAUCAAAUGGAAAUUAUACAACCACAUCAUCUAUAUUAGGAUCUAAUUCAAGAAUUUUUAGUAAUUGUGCUGAAUGUGGUCUAAGAAUUAUUAAUUUAAUUGAUACAUGUUAUGCAAUGGGAUAUUUAUAUCAUAAUUCAUGUUUUGUAUGCUGUUGUUGUAAGAGAACAUUACGCGGGAAAGUAUUUUACAAAGAUCAAGAUAAAAUCUAUUGUGAAGAAGAUUAUCUGUAUUGUGGGUUCCAACAAACAGUGGAGAAAUGUUUCGCAUGUGGACAUAUUAUUGCUGAGACUAUACUUCUAGCUGUUGGGAAAACAUAUCAUCCAGGAUGUUUUCGAUGUUGUAUUUGUACUAAAUGUUUAGAUGGAAUACCAUUUACUAUUGAUUCAAAUAAUUUAAUUUAUUGUUUACCGGAUUAUCAUUUAAUUAAUGGACCAUUAUGCGCUGUUUGUGGAUUAGUGAUUAUGCCAGAUGAGGGUUCAAAUGAAGUGAAACGGAUUGUGGCACUUGGUAAAGAGUUUCAUAUUGAUUGUUAUCGUUGUAUUGAUUGUAAACGUAAUUUAGGUGAUGAAGCGGAUAAUCGUUGUUAUCCAUUUAAUGAACCAGAUCUUAGAACACCUGGACGUAUUAUACAACGUUUAUUAUGUUUAAAUUGUCAUUUACAACGAAUUGGUGCUAUUCCAGCAACAUCAGCCGGUAGUGGUAACACUAUAAACACUAAUAAUCAUCAUACUAAUAAUAUUACUGUUUCUGGUAAUCAUUUAAAAUCAAACAGUGGAAUCAUCAGUCAGACUAAUACAACACCUAUGAACAUUAUCAAUAAUACACGUUAUACAACAAUGUCAAAUAGAAAUAAUAAAUUAAAUACCAUAAAUACGAAUCAAUAUUUUCAACAUCAACAUCAUCAUCAUCCUAAUCAUUCUCAUAAUCAAUUAAAUAAUACAUCGUCAAGUACAUUAUUAACGCAUAAUUAUACACCAAAAACAUUAUAUACUACUCGUACAAUACAAUAUACAAUGCCUAAUUCAAUAAUCUCUUCAACGUCAGGUUUAAAUCAUCGAAAUAGUAAUACUACCACUACUACUACUACUACUACUACUAAUAGUAGUAGUAGUAGUGGUAGUAGUAGUAACAAUUAUGCAAUCAAUUGGGAGAAAACACGAGCCAAUGGUAUAAAUAAUCAUCAUAAUCAUAAUGCUAGUCAUUCACAAUAUACAAAUAUCCAUUAGAAAUUAUCAAAAAUUUUUUUUAAAUACAAACAAUUAACUGUAUCUGUUUGUCCGUAUUGUAUCCCCACCGCAUUGGAUGCCACCGCUGCAGCAGCAGCAGCAGUCACCGCCGCCGUUGCUGUUACCUCUACAUUUUCAUCUUUAUUCUUAUCGAUAAUAAUAACAAUGACAUAAUCACAAUUUGUUUAUUUUCUAUUCUUCUUUUAUUAUAUUACAAAUAUGAUUGUAAUAUUUUGUUUAUCUCUAGUCGAAUACAUUGUUUUGAUUGUUUCUUAUUUCUUUAUUAUCUUUUAUGAUAUGAGUUAUUUGGCAUCAAUCACUUAUUACUUACUUACUAACGCCUGUUACUCCUCGUGAAGGAGCAUAGGCCACUCACUAGCAUUCUCCAUCCAACCCUGUCCUGGACAAUCAUUUCCAGCUUGUUCCAGUUGUUAUUCAUCUUUUUCAUAUCUACUUUUAUUUCCCGACGUAAUGUGUUCUUUGGCCUUCCUCUUUUUUUCCACCUUCCUUCAGGAUUCCAAGUUAGGGCCUGCCUCGUGAUGCAGUUUGAUGAUUUUCAUAAUGUAUUUCCUACCUAUUUCCAUCACCUUUUCCUAAUUUCUUCUUCAGCUGGAAACUGGUUUGUUCUCUCCCAGAGAAGGCUGUUGCUGAUAGUAUCCAUAGAAACUCUAGAAGAGCUACAGGCGGAGUUAAUCACUUAUUACUAUGGUUUAUAUUAUUAUUAUUACUAAUAAUAAUUAUAAUAUGAAAUAAUUAAAAAAGAAUAUAUUGUCACAAUAUGCAUUUCCAAUUAUAUUCCUAUACAAAACUGAAACUAUUCGUUAGCAAAUUAUCAACACAUUCAAACCACAGUUUGUUUGUUCUUUCAAAUGAUAAGUCUUGUUAAUUAGAUGUUAUAUUCGGUUCCUAAACUGCCAUAAAGUGACUGUGAAUGUGGAAGGCAGUAGUCAAUAAACUGAACAUAACUUAAGCACAGUAAAUCGUACAAUAAUAAUAUAUCGGUCAAAAUAAAGUUUAUAAUAAGAGGAAUAUAAAUAUACCUAAUCUAAUUAUUGAAUAAUCAUAGCAUAAGAAUGUAGAGAUAAUAUUAGUCAAUGAAUAUGUCUCAGCAGAAGUUACUCGUAAUGUAAUCUUCACUAGGAUAUAAUAUACAGG